GUUGGUGGCAUCUCUUGGCCACGGCGACCUCCAGCGGCCACCCUCCGCCGUGCUGCCUGCUUUGGCUCCCCGCAUGGGAGAGCAGAAGGGAGGAGCAAAGAGCUGGGCGAGUCCCGUUCCCACUCUGCUUACAGACCAGGCGGUCGCCGCUAGCUCGUGGCAAUCUGAGAUCCAGAUUUCGUUAUCUCUCAAAUGAGAGAUCUUGACUCGGGACUGACGGCACCAUGCAGGUCCUGAAGGACGGCAGGGUCGGCUCGUUGAGGCAAAGUAAGGGUCGGAGGAACCCGUCACGACGCAGAAGAGAGGAAACCCUCCCGCCUCCAUUCGGAGAAGACCGAAGACACAACCUCGCGCCCAGGCCUCCCUCCUCUCUUAGCCUGCGGGGUCUUUUCUCUCUUUCCGGGUUUGGGACGAGAUGAUGACCGCAGCGAAACCAAAACUGGAAACGGAUAAACUGCGGUGCCACCGGGAAUCUAUUUGAGAACUACUCCCAAGGCGUGGUCGUCGCCGGAAGUGGCUGUAAGGCCUAAGCCCUUACAAGGGCCCGCCUCCAAUUGCGCUACCAGUAGGCGACAGCCACCCCCACUUCCGGCCCCUGGAGCCUCUUCCAGCAGCCCCCCUUUUACUGCUCUGUCAUUGGCUGCCGCAGGGACGCGCUGUGAUUUCCCAUUGGUCGAGCCUCCUCUCCGGGGCCGUGCCUCCUCUCUCCAGUAAGAAGCAGGCAGCCAGGACCCUCACCACAGUAGAAUGGGUGAGGAGGGGCCCCCCAGCCUGGAGUACAUCCAAGCCAAGGAUCUGUUUCCCCCCAAGGAACUAGUGAAAGAGGAGGAGAAUCUGCAGGUGCCCUUUACAGUGCUGCAGGGUGAGGGAGUGGAGUUCCUGGGCCGGGCAGCCGAUGCUCUCAUUGCCAUCUCCAACUACCGGCUGCAUAUCAAGUUCAAAGAUUCUGUCAUCAACGUCCCCCUCCGGAUGAUUGACACUGUGGAGAGCCGUGAUAUGUUCCAGCUGCACAUUGCCUGCAAGGACUCCAAAGUGGUGAGGUGCCACUUCUCCACUUUCAAGCAGUGCCAAGAGUGGUUGUCACGGCUAAGCCGGGCCACGGCGCGACCUGCCAAGCCUGAAGACCUCUUUGCCUUCGCCUACCAUGCCUGGUGCCUGGGGCUGACUGAGGAGGACCAGCAUACCCACCUGUGUCAGCCGGGAGAGCACAUACGAUGUCGGCAGGAGGCUGAGCUCACGAGGAUGGGCUUUGAUCUGCAGAAUGUCUGGAGAGUCUCCCACAUCAACAGCAACUACAAAUUGUGCCCCAGUUACCCACAGAAGCUCCUGGUUCCUGUGUGGAUCACAGACAAAGAGCUGGAGAAUGUGGCUUCCUUCCGCUCCUGGAAGCGGAUCCCGGUGGUUGUGUAUAGACACCUCCGCAACGGGGCUGCCAUUGCCCGCUGCAGCCAGCCGGAGAUCAGCUGGUGGGGCUGGCGCAAUGCAGACGAUGAGUACCUGGUCACAUCCAUCGCUAAAGCCUGUGCCCUGGACCCAGGGACAAGAGCCACUGGGGGCUCCCUCAGCACUGGGAAUAGUGAUGCCAGCGAGGCAUGUGACACUGACUUCGAUUCCUCCUUGACCGCGUGCUCUGGAGUAGAGAGCACCGCAGCCCCCCAGAAGCUGCUGAUCCUGGACGCUCGCUCCUACACGGCGGCAGUGGCCAACCGGGCCAAGGGUGGAGGCUGUGAGUGCGAAGAGUACUACCCCAACUGUGAGGUCGUGUUCAUGGGGAUGGCCAACAUUCACGCCAUCCGGAACAGCUUCCAGUAUCUCCGGGCUGUGUGUAGCCAGAUGCCUGACCCCAGCAACUGGUUGUCAGCCCUGGAGAGCACGAAAUGGCUGCAGCACUUGUCAGUGAUGCUGAAGGCGGCCGUGCUCGUGGCUAAUACCGUGGAUCGGGAGGGCCGGCCUGUGCUGGUGCACUGCUCCGACGGCUGGGACCGGACUCCACAGAUCGUAGCCCUGGCCAAGAUACUGCUGGACCCAUAUUACAGGACACUGGAGGGCUUCCAAGUUUUAGUAGAGUCUGACUGGCUAGAUUUUGGACACAAGUUUGGAGACCGCUGCGGCCACCAGGAGAAUGCAGAGGACCAAAACGAGCAGUGCCCGGUGUUCCUCCAGUGGCUUGAUUCUGUUCAUCAGCUGCUCAAGCAGUUCCCUUGCCUGUUUGAGUUUAAUGAAGCAUUCCUGGUCAAACUGGUGCAGCACACGUACUCCUGCCUCUACGGCACGUUCCUGGCCAACAACCCCUGCGAGCGAGAGAAGCGCAACAUCUACAAACGGACCUGCUCUGUGUGGGCUCUCCUGCGGGCUGGCAAUAAGAACUUUCACAACUUCCUCUACACACCUGGUUCCGACAUGGUCCUGCAUCCUGUGUGUCAUGUCCGGGCCCUGCACCUCUGGACAGCUGUUUAUUUGCCAGCAUCGUCUCCAUGUACACUCGGGGAGGAGACCAUGGAUCUCUACCUUUCUCCAGCGACUCAGAGCCAGGAGUUCUCUGGCCGCUCUCUGGACAGAUUACCUAAAACCAGAUCAAUGGAUGAUCUGCUUUCUGCCUGUGACACAAGCAGCCCCCUGACUCGCACAUCUAGUGACCCGAACCUCAAUAACCACUGUCAGGAGGCCAGAGUAGGCCUGGAGCCCUGGCAUAGCAAUCCUGAGGAAUCCGAGAUCUUCGUGGAAUCUGGGGCAGGAGGUCCUCAGCAGCCUGUAGAAGAAAUGGGUCUUCCUUCCUCUCUGCCCAGCAGCCAGAAAGACUACUUGAGCAAUAAACCCUUCAAGAAUCACAGAAGCUGUUCUCCAAGUUACAAACUGCUUAGUACUGCAGUGCCCCAGGAGAUGAAGAGCAAUAUCUCUGAUCCUGAGAUCCAAGUCCUGGAAGAGACUACGACACCAGCUCUAGACCCUCCUGCCCACAAUGAGCUGAGUAGGACUUCAGAUGGCAUGGAGGAACCACCUGAACCUUGUCCUGAAAAAGAAGCUGUCAGUGCACUCUCUGAAGUGGCUUCCAACAAAGGUCAUGGAGUUUGUGAUUUUCCUGAGUCUUCCCAGGACUCCCUUACAGGUGCCCCCCAACGGGCCUUGAUAAAUUCCAUGCUAGGUGCGCCCUCCAGAUGUGCUCCAGAUCACAGUCUGGGCACCCUUUGCAACCCACCAAGUGCUACCUGCCAAACUCCUCCAGAGCCAAGCACUGACUUCCUCAGCCAGGAUCCCCCGGGGUCUGUGGCAAGUAUCUCCCACCAGGAACAGCCCAGUUCUGUGCCAGAUCUGAUUCAUAAGGAGGAAUACACUGGCAAAAGAGGGAAUAUUAGGAAUGGGCAGUUACUGGAAAAUCCUCGCUUUGGGAAAGUGCCAUUGGAAUUGUCCCGAAAGCCAGUUUCUCAGAGCCAGAUCAGUGAGUUUUCUUUUUUAGGAUCCAACUGGGACAGCUUCCAAGGAAUGGUGACUUCAUUCCCAAGUGGGGAGACCACUCCUCGGCGGCUGCUUUCCUAUGGCUGUUGUAGCAAGAGGUCAAGCAACAAGCAGGUGCGGGCAACAGGGCCCUGCUUUGGGGGCCAGUGGGCUCAGAGAGAAGGGGUGAAGUCACCAGUCUGUUCUAGUCAUUCCAAUGGACACUGUACUGGUCCAGGAGGGAAAAAUAACCGGAUGUGGUUGUCCGGUCAUCCAAAGCAGGUCUCCAGCACAAAGCCUGUUCCACUGAGCUGCCCUUCUCCAGUGCCUCCUCUCUACUUGGAUGAUGAUGGACUCCCCUUUCCUACGGAUGUGAUCCAGCAUAGAUUACGGCAGAUCGAAGCAGGGUACAAGCAAGAGGUGGAGCAGCUACGUCGACAAGUGCGUGAGCUUCAGAUGAGGCUCGACAUCCGUCACUGCUGUGCCCCUCCAGCAGAGCCACCCAUGGACUAUGAGGAUGAUUUUACAUGUUUGAAGGAGUCCGAUGGCAGUGAUAUAGAAGAUUUUGGCUCUGAUCACAGUGAGGACUGCCUUUCAGAAGCAAGCUGGGAACCUGUUGAUAAGAAAGAGACUGAGGUGACUCGCUGGGUUCCAGACCAUAUGGCAUCACAUUGCUAUAACUGUGACUGUGAGUUCUGGUUGGCCAAACGAAGACACCAUUGCAGAAAUUGUGGGAAUGUGUUUUGUGCUGGCUGCUGCCACCUGAAGUUGCCCAUUCCUGAUCAACAACUCUAUGACCCAGUUCUCGUCUGUAACUCAUGUUACGAACACAUCCAAGUAUCUCGUGCCAGAGAACUCAUGAGCCAACAUCUGAAGAAACCCAUUGCUACAGCUUCCAGCUGAAUGCCAGAGGAGAUGACCUGUCCAAUUUUAGCAGGUUUGAAGGGAGGAUCUGCUUCAGGUGUAUUUUUGAAGGUUCCUUGGUAUGGCUCAUGAAAUCACAGAGCUCAAAGUUACCGUCUUGAGAAAUCCUCCUUGGUACCAUAGACUGGAGCAGAGGAAUUCCAAUUUGGCAGGAGGUCUUCUACUGGUGAGACCCUCACCUUGGGGUAAUGGUUCUGGAUCCAGACCCAGAGUCUGGAAGCUUAAUGUUGAGUUGGUGACUCCCACUUUUCUCCUGGGGGGGUGGUCACAAGAUGAUGAUUUCAUAGAUACUGCCUGAUGAUGCGCCCCAAACAGCAAUAGAAAGGCAUAUGUAUAACCAAACUCCAAGUGAUAAACAGAUUCAUCUCUCCUCCACCUUGAAAAAAGCAGAUUCUAGUAUAUAAGAUAGGAAUUCCUAUUUGAAACGAACUAUAUUCUGUUCCUCUGUGCUCUGUGUCUGUGCAUGAAGGCUCAGUCUUUAGAGGCACUCCCUCUAGUUGCAGUAGUUCUGUCUUUCUGUGGAGUUGGUAUAAAGACUGGUUCUGCAAGUGGAGGUUCUGCUGUAUCUUUUCACUUGGCUCAUCAGCCAGGAUCAGUGAAUAUUCACUUUAGAGCAACAGUUCUAAGGAGUGAGACAUUUUGGGGAGCAGAGGAAAACUCUGCUGGUGUUCCGUUCUGGCAAAAAUCUGUUAUUUGGAGCUGUGAAGGCAGUAAGUAGUCUCUGUUACUCAGUGGCAGCUCUUGAGGUAUGCACUGUGAAGAAUGAGAAGGGAAAAGCAGAAAUGAUCCUUGUCAAAUAUUUGCUGAUUGUGCCCUGCCCUUUGCGCCUGACUUUUCCUAGUUGUCCUGGUGCUAACACAGGAGUUACACCUUGAUCCUCUCCUGGCAUGAAAAUAAAACAAUGGUUUUUUUUUGUUGUUGUUGUUGUUGUUCCAUUGCCCACUUCCCUAAUGUUGUCUUUCCCUUGGCUGCUGCCUCCUCUGGGUCACACUGCUUCUUAUCCUGAACACUUGACACCUUGAGGGUAGAAUUUAGCAUUUGGUUUUUACCUCCUAGAAUAUGCUGUUUGGUAUGUGAGGGUUUCAGUACAAAUGCUGCUGUCUUAUUUCUGUGCACUUAACAAUGGAACCCAAACAGAAGAGAAAAAAGCCUUGAUACCAAAAUUGGGAGAGAAAAUGCGUCCACUUGGACCAAACAUUGGUGUGUUUUUUUUUGUUGUUGUUUUUUUUUUUUUGGUCUGUCUGUCUUUUUUUGUUUUGGUUUCAUCUUAAUAUGUACCAGUGGCACUUAACCAAAAGAUACAGUGACAUAGCCAUGUACUGUGGUUGGGACAGAUAUAGUCUCCUUGACCUAUAAUGAAACCACUAGUAUUUCCUUUAUACAUUUUCCUUAAUCCAUGGGUGUAUAAAACGUAAAUUACACUUAGGCUUAUCCUGUUUUAAAACUAUGGUAGCUGUCUGUCUAACUGCUACUUUCAUGUUGCUUCCUAGAAAAAAAAUUUUCAUUUGAAAAUAACUAGGAUCUGCAUUUAGAACAAGAAUUGUUACUUGUCCUGACCUUUUCUUCAGUCCUACAGAGAAGCAUCUGUGCUUUUAUACUUGUCAUGGAUGUAACCUAAAAAGUUUCGGCGUAUUUAGGUCAGCCUAGCAGAACUUUUUUUCAUUUAAAUGGAGUUGAAUAAUGGAGAUUUGUGUCUGGGAAAUUCCUGAGAUCAUUGAAAAAGUAACAAACUAUUCCUUGUCUCUGAUAUGUAAAAUUCUCCUAAGCAUUUCUCAAUCAUUAAAAUUUACUGCCAGUUGCGAGUGGCUUUUUAAUUAACUUGAGUUUCAUUGCACUUCACUCUGCCCAUUUUCAGGGGGAGUAAGAUUGGUAACAUUUGAGGAGACUGUAUCUGUCUACUUUUGUGUGGCUGUUUUGAGGGACUGUCCCAUCAGUGAACAUACUGCAUGGCCUUGGAGAGAGACUCUGGGCUCUCAGCUCAGAUGUAUUCAUCAAAUACUCCUUUCAGAGUUCUUGUGGGUGUAAGUGACAUGAUGUGGCCAAAAAUCCAAACUGUGCAGUUGCGUUGUGACAAACAUGCAAUGUGCUGUAAAAACUCAAUACAAUUUAAAUAAAAUCUCUAUAUUAGUGCUG